GCAAUGCCUCAUGGGACUUGUAGUUUGGCAACAGCUGGAGGGCCGCCAGUUUGAUAGCCCUGUUGCGAAACUACAAGUCCCAUCAUGCCUCUGCCUUUGGGAGUCAUGCUUGUAACUGUCAAUCUUGCAAUGCCUCAUGGGACUUGUAGUUUGGAGGGCCACCAGUUUGAUAGCCCUGUUGCGAAACUACAAGUCCCAUCAUGCCUCUGCCUUUGGGAGUCAUGCUUGUAACUGUCAAUCUUGCAAUGCCUCAUGGGACUUGUAGUUUGGAGGGCCACCAGUUUGAUAGCCGUGAUUUAGGCCAUCACUAUGAUGAAGCC